UCUCCUAAUCAUCCGGGCAAUUAAUAUAACAAUCUCAACGUAAGAUGGUUUGUAAGUGCUCCUCCUUCAUAUCGAAUAAGACUUGGUUUCAUCUCCUUUUCAACCUAUCGGAAUGACUUUCCAAGAGUGAAUGAUGGAUGGACAUCGGACUUUUCAAGCUCAACUGAAUUGUAUCGUCUAUCUGGUAGGUCAUUACCCAUGUUACCUGCUGAUAUCAUAUCGAAUGGAUCCUAUCUCUGGCUGCAAUUUACCACAGAUAGUUACUGGAUGUCUACAGGAUUCAAGGCCAACUUGACAGCUGAGAUUAGAUCCUUCACCUUCACGACUAUCCAUUUAACGGCUGGGGCAGAAACCUCUUUAAACUCCACUGAUUAUCCUGAAGAUGAAGACAUUCUGGUGAACAUUACAUCUCCUGCAAACAGCCAAAUCCAACUUCUUAUUACGACCGAUCCAAACCAAACUAAUCAUGGUAAUGAUGUAGUUUAUCUAUACGAAGGAUGGACAUCGAAUCAGGUUGUACCAACGCAAAGAUGGGAUCUAUCUGCAUCAUCUUUCCCGGUGAAUAUUACAUCACAGGGGUCGUACAUGUGGAUACAAUUUAAUUGUAACGCUGGCAAAAGAAGGGACAACUUCCAGGUCGUUGCAUCUUCUCAGAUCCGAACUAUCCAUUUGCAAGAUGAAGGUAGUGAACUCUUCCAGUCUCCUAAUCAUCCGGGCAGUUACUACAACAAUCUCAACGUGAGAUGGUUUGUAAGUGCUCCUCCUGCAUAUCGAAUAAGACUUCGUUUCAUCUCCUUUUCAAUCCCUUGGAGUGACUUUCUAAGAGUGAAUGAUGGAUGGACAUUGGACUUUUCAAACUCAACUGAAUUGUAUCGUCUAUAUCAUGUAUAUGGUAGAUCAUUACCCAUGUUACCUGCUGAUAUCAUAUCGAAAGGAUCCUAUCUCUGGCUGCAAUUCACCACAAAUAAUUACUGGAGAUCUACAGGAUUCAAGGCCAACUUGAUAGCUGAGAUUAGAUCUAUCAGUUUGCUACCCGGAAAUGUAAGAUACAUUCAGUCUCCUAAUUACCCGUCCAACUACACCAACAAAACUAACGUUAGGUGGCUAGUAAGUGUUCCUACUCCAUAUCAAGUAAUACUUCAUUUUACUCAUUUCUCAACCGAGGAGAAUUGUGACUUCGUUUGCGUGAGGGAUGGAUGGACAUCAGACUAUUCAAACUCAACAAGAGUGGCAUCUCUGUCAGGAGAUUUGAAUCCAGAUGACAUCGUUUCAAGAGGAUCAUAUCUUUGGGUUAAUUUCACCAGUGAUGACUGGGUUACUAGUACGGGAUUCGAAGCACAACUUACACCAUUCCGAAAUAUCAGUUUGCAGCCUUGGAAUUAUGCAUCCAUUCAGUCUCCUAAUCACCCAUCAUUCUACUACAACAAUAUCAACAUACGGUGGUUUGUGAACGUACCUUCUCCAUAUCAAGUACGAGUUAACUUUACCAAUUUCUCAACCGAGAAGGAUCAUGACUUCGUUUACGUGAGUGAUGGAUGGACAUCAGACUAUUCAAACUCAACAAGAGUGGCAUCUCUAUCUGGACAUUUGAGUCCAGAUGACGUCAUAUCAAGAGGAUCAUAUCUUUGGAUUGAAUUUACCAGUGACGAUAGGAAUCGUUAUACAGGAUUCCAAGCCCGAAUGACACCCUUUCGAACUAUUCGUUUGCAGCCUUGGAAUGUUACAUCCAUUCAGUCUCCUAAUAGGCUUCAGCACCCGUAUUUCUACUACAACAAUAUCAACAUACGAUGGUUCAUAAGUGUUCCUCCUGCAUAUCAAGUAAGACUUAACUUCACCCGAUUGUCAACCCAGAAUGAUCAUGACUUCGUUUACGUGAGGGAUGGAUGGACAUCGGACUAUACAAGUUCAACACAACUUGCAUCUCUAUCUGGAUAUUCUUCAAGACCAGAUGACAUCAUAUCUAAUGGGUCAUAUCUGUGGGUUCAGUUUACAAGCAUGACAAGUGAUGAACAGAAUAGAGGUGCAGGAUUCAGAGCUAACCUGAUUUCUGAAUUACGUGCUAUCCAUUUGAAAGUUGGGAAAGUAGCUGUUAUCCAGUCUCCUAAUCACCCACGCCUGUAUUACAACGAUCUUAACAUACGCUGGUCUGUGAGUGUUCCUCCUGCAUAUCAAGUGAGGCUUCAUUUCAACAACUUCUCAACAGAAGAGGGUCAUGACUUCAUGAUCGUGAAUGAUGGAUGGACACCGAUCUACACAAGCUCAGCUGAAAGGGGACGUUUAAGUGGAAGCAUUAAUCCGGGUGAUAUCGUAUCGAAUGGAUCUUAUCUUUGGGUUCAAUUCACCACCGAUGACCAGGGAAGAUCAAAUGGAUUCAGGAUACUGCUGACGACCGAGCUACGAUCUAUCCACUUGCAGGAUGGGGAAAGCGGAUCGAUUGAGUCUCCAAAUUAUCCAAACAAUUACUACAACAAUCUCAAUGUAAGAUGGCUUGUGAGUGUUCCUCCUGGAUAUAAAGUACGACUUAAUUUCAUCUCCUUCUCAACCCGUUCGAAUGACUUUGUUAGAGUGAGGGAUGGGUGGACAUCGGACUUUUCGAGCUCAACUGAAAGAAGCAGUCUGUCUGGAAGUAUUGAUCCAGGUGACAUCGUAUCGAAUGGAUCGUAUCUCUGGGUUCAAUUCACGACUAAUGAUCAGGGCAGAUCAGAAGGAUUCAGGGCACUUCUGACGACUGAGCUACGAUCUUUCCACUUGCAGGAUGGGAAGGGUAGAACAAUCGAGUCUCCUAAUUAUCCUAACCAUUAUUACAACAAUCUCAAUGUAUCAUGGUCUGUGAGUGUUCCUCCUGCAUACCAAGUUAGACUUCACUUCAGCUCCUUUCAAACCGAGUCGAAUAAAGACUUCGUUAAGGUGAGAGAUGGAUGGACAUCAGACUAUUCAAGCUCAACGCAACUGGCAUCUUUAUCAGGAGAUUUGAGUCCAGGUGACAUCAUAUCAAGAGGAUCGUAUCUCUGGGUUUAUUUCACCUGUGAUGAUGAACGCAACUUUUCUGGAUUCACUGUCAACAUUACGACUGAAUUACGAACUAUUCAGUUGAACACCACUGGUGAGGCAGUGCUCACAUCACCGGAUUCACCUGAUAAUGGCGACUACAGUAUCAAUGUGACAUGGUUUGUUGUUGCUCCAUCACCCUACCGCGUUGGGAUUGAUUUUAGUGAUUUCUCUAGCUUGGAGAACGGAGACCUUGUAACUCUACGCGAAGGAUGGACGUCAAAUUAUUCACAUUCAACUCUGAGGGACUCUACACCACCUAUCUCCACGGCGAUUGCAUCUGUAGGGUCAUAUCUUUGGAUCCAAUUUACAACCCUGCCUCAAAACAAGAUCACAGGAUUCCGUGCAUCGCUCUUUGUCGUGAUUCCCGUCAUUUAUGUAGAUACCGCGAAGACAGAAUCCCUGAAGUCACCUAAUUACCCAGCUCAGUACCACAACAGCCUUGACCUAAUGUGGCAGGUGAUCGCCCCAGAAAACCAUCAAGUUUCGUUGCUUUUCGUUGAUUUGGAGAUUGAACUAUCUCGAGACAUCCUAUAUCUGUUCGAGGGACAAUCCCCAGAAUUUGAGAUGUCUGAGAUGGUAAGGCCGAAUAUUUCUGGAUCCGAUCUACCGCAAAAUAUCACAUCUGUAGGAUCUUUUCUCUGGAUUCGAUUUACCAGCGAUGGGGCAUCGGAGGGAACCUACAGAGGGUUUGACAUUAUGUUGAUUGCAAACCCAAUACCAGAACAUGUAGAACACUUGAUGUCGGAUAAUCAUGCAGCGACAAUAUCAUCAGUGUUGGUGACACUUCUUCUGUCCAUAGUUUUCCUCUUAUAUAUCAUAUGGAAGAAAAGAACUAAGGACGAGCAAGACGAUGGACAACAAGAGGGGCAGUACAUGGACCUAACACCAUCUGUUACGUCAUCACCAAACUACGAAGCUUUAGGAUCUGUUCGGCUUUCAAAGACAAAGGAGAGUCCGACGUACGAGAACAAAUCAGUUGUGAGACAUCAUCAAAAUAUUCACGGAAUAACUACAAAAGAUGAGCAUCCAUAUGAGCUUCCAAACUAA